UUGAAAGGCUCUGUAAUGUACGUAAGGUUGCAUUCCCCAACUAAGCUGCGCCUCUCGUUGGUGAGCGCCUCUAAAACCUAUUGGACCUCGACCAUCUGCUGUAAAACACGGCAAGGCAAUGCAAAGGCGCCCGACGAGGAAAGUGGCACGAAGUGGCUUCGAACUUCUCUUAAAAAGCGUGAAUGUCCUUUAGCUGGAACGGGACGCAGCAUUGCACGGAAGGAAUGGUAAGGGAGCGACAUGGCUCUCGACACUAUGGAAGAGCUCAUGCAACGCAUCGAUGAGUUUCAGGCACAGGACGUGAAGCGCAUUGAGUGGAUGAAGGCCAUCCACACACAGCUUACCGAAGUAACCCAGAACUACGACGAUGCCACGAAGGAUCUCAAGAGGGAACGGAUGGUUGGGAGAAUGACACAGGAUGAAGCAGAACAGUGGAAGCAGCAGUUUCUAACCCUGCAACUGGCCGUGAAGCGCAGCGCGUUCGUUUUGGUUUUGAUUGAUGCUGAUGCUGACGCGUACAUGUUUAAGCCCGAGUACUAUUCUAGCAUUGAGGGUGGUCGUAAGGCAGCUGUAGAGCUUCGGAGUUCUGUUCAGGAGUAUCUUCGACAAACAGCACCAGAGGCAGCUAACCUGCCUCUCAUGAUCAAGGCAUUCGCCAGUGCAGACGGGCUAUCCCAGCUCCUUGUUAGACAUAAAGUCAUCAGCUCGCCUAUUGCGCUGUGGGAAUUUGCAAAGGGUUUCUCACAGUCUUCUCAGUUGUUCGACUUCGUGUUGGUCGGCACCGGAAAGGACCGGGCAGACAAAAAGAUUGAAGGAAUGUUUGAGCACUUCGUCGCUAAUCCUACAUGUCAUUAUAUUCUUUUCGGUGCCUGCCACGACAAUGGCUAUGUUCGGUUAUUGGAGAAGUACGUUGCUGACGAUGCUCUUCGUCAACGGAUAAUCCUCCUUAACUCUUUCGGUGUCGGAAAGGAGUUCGCCUCGUUGAACUUCAGCUCGACUAGUUUUACCGGAGUCUUUGGUGAUAGCCCCUUAACCCUCACCAAGUCUCCUGUGUCGCCACGCUCGUCGUCGCCCUCUUCUCUGGCCAAAAAAGCAAAGGUUGAGCGUGUUGGCAGUCCAAUUACAUGCACGUGGGCAAAUAAGGCAGAGACGACCAAGUUUGUUGAGAAUGGGAAAGGAUCUGCAUCUCUAAAAGCGAAGGAUCUGCCCCCACACACAAUUCUCGUAGAUGCAGGUGAUCGUCGAAUUGACGUUGAGCUCCAGCUAUCCCCGGAAGCAGUGAAGAGCUGGAACCACAAGACAAAAGUGGCCGGUGUCAAGUACUGUCGGAUGUACCAGCUUUUUGGCGGUUGCAAAGGAGGUUGCGGAUAUUCUCAUGGACCAUUGUCGGCAGAUGAGAAACUGGUUUAUCGCAGUAGACUGCGACGUGAAGUUUGCCAUGUUGGGGUGCUAUGCCGAGACCCUAAAUGUUUAUACGGGCAUCACUGCUCGUGUAAACAAAAUAAGUGUGCAUUUUCUAAGGAGAUGCAUGGAGUUGAAUUUUCCACGGCAAGAAUAUGGAAAAAAUCUGCGAAUGCUUGAGCUUCAGCUGGAGUGAGGGCUUUUAAGUACUAUGCCUAUGUACUGUAGGUACCUAGUAGGUAGUUAGGAACAUUGAAUUUUUUCUUCGAGUUGAUAUCUACAUAUGUAGGAUAGAACGUUCCAGUUGCCUUCAAAGUUUAACUAUGC